CUUCUGCUUCUGUCUCUGCUUUGGAAGUUGUGCUGACCACUUUGCACUCCGGUGGAAAAUUUGCUGCUGCUGCUGCUGCUCCUGCUGCUGCUGCAGCAGCAGCAGCAGCAGGAAAAGAAGCAGCAGCAGCAGCAGCAGCAGCAGCAGCAGAAGGGCCCUACAGCUGCAGCGGGGGGCUGCACGGCGUUGGCCUUCCUGUUGUUAAUGCCCUCAGCUCCAGACUCAGAGUCGAAGUGCUGCGAUGGCCCUACCUGUACAGCAUUGAGUGCAGCAGAGGAAAAGUUAUAAAGCCCUUUGAAGCAAUUAAUUUAGAGCAGCAGCAGCAGCAGCAACAACAGCAGCAGCAGCAGCAGCAGCAACAGCAGCAGCAGCAGCAGCAGCAGCAAGAAGCAGCAGCAGCAGCAGCAGCAGCAGCAGACUGGCGGGGGCACUGGCCUGCUGCUGCUCGUCAGGGCACUUUUAAGCAGCAGCAGCAGACGCAGCAGCAGCAGCAGCAGCAGCAGCAGCAGACACAGCAGCAGCAGCAGCAGCAGACGCAGCAGCGGCAGCAGCAGCGAAGCAGCAGCAGCAGCAGCAGGAAGACUGCUGCUGCUGCCGCGCCGCCGAGCAGUCAGCAGCAGCAGCAGCAGCAGCAGCAGCAGCAGCAGCAGCAGCAGCAGCAGCAGCAGCAGCAGCAGCAGCAGGAAGCAGCAGAAGCAAAAAGAAGCAAAAAAGAAAAAGAAAAAAAUGAAAAAGAAAUUAAAAUUUGUUCCAUUUCUUUCAAAAGCCAAAAUGGUUUAAAAGAAAUGCUGCAGCAAAUUACCAAAAACUCAAAACCCCUUUUUGAAGAAGUUCCAAUUAUCAGCGUCGUCAGCAGCAACUCUGAACUGUCUCUCGAGGCUCACUUUAUGUUUGUAGACACAACCAGCAGCAGCAGCAGCAGCAGCAGCAGCAGCAGCAGCAGCGGCAGCAGCAGCUGCAGCAGCGGCAGCAGCAGCAGCGGCAGCAAGGACAAGAACACAGGCGGCGCCUCCGUCGCCGCCACCACAAGCACCAGAAUCAGCAGCAGCAGCAGCAGCAGCAGCAGCAGCAGCAGCAGCAGCAGCAGCAGCAGCAGCAGCAGCAGCAGCAGUUGUCUUUUGUCGGAUUUAUGUUUUUCAUCUUUUGAAGAAAUUUCUUCGGAAGCUUUUUUUGUUUCUUUUGUCAAUGCUGUCUGUACACCUCAAGGGGGCUCCCACGUAGAUGGCUGCCUCAGCGGCAUCACAAAAGCUGCUGCUGCUGCUGCUGCUGCUGCAGCAGCAGCAGCAGCAGCAGCAGGGAAGGGAGGCAGCAGCAAACGGCUGCUGCAGCGGAGGCCGCAGCGACCCUCAGCAGCAGCUGCUGCCGCUGCAGCAGCAGCAGCAGCAGCAGGGCGCCUAGAGCGCCCCGCGGCAGCUGCAGCACCCACUGCAGCAGCAGCAGCAGCAGCAGCAGCAGCAGCAGCAGAUGUUGCAGCAAAAGCAAAACACCUUUUUGAAGGACUCGUUGGAGUUGUUAGCGUCAAAUUAAAAAAUCCCAUUUUCGAUAGCCAAACAAAACAAAGACUAAGAGGAAAAGAAACAGAAAAAGUUAUUGAAAAACUGGUUGAGUCUGCUGUUUUUGAAUUCUUUUCGUCUCACCCGAAGGAGCUGCUGCUGCUGCUGCAGCGCGCAGCAGCAGCAGCAGCAGCAGCAGCAGCAGCACGAGCAGCAAAAGAGCUGCAGCGAUCGAAGCAACGCGCGCUCCAGGCGUCGCUGUUGCCAGGCAAACUCGUCGACAGCCAAAAAGGCGAAGAGCUUUUUAUCGUCGAAGGCGAAUCUGCUGCGGGCAGCGCCAAACAAGCUAGAGACCGGCAUCUGCAGGCAAUUCUUUCUCUCCGAGGAAAAAUUUUAAAUGCUCAAAAAGAAAAAAAUAAAUUCAAAAUAUUCAACAACCAAGAAAUCAAAGUAAAACAACCAGCAGCAGCAGCAGCAGCAGCAGCAGCAGCAGCAGUUGCUGCUGUAGCAGCAGCUAUUGCUGUAGCAGCAGCUGCAGUUGUUGCCGUAGCCGCAGCAGUUGUUGCUGUAGCAGCAGCAGCAACAGUCAUUGCUGCGGCAGCAGCAGCAGCAGUUGUUGCUGUAGCAGCAGCAGCAGCAGCAGCAGUAGCUGUUGUGGGAGCAGCAGCAGCAGUUGCGGCAGUCGUUGUUGAACUAGCAACAUUAGCAGCAGCUGUUGCAGCAAGUGCAGUUGUUAUUGUAGCAGCAGCAGCAGCAGCAGCAGCAGCAGCAGCAGGAGCAACAGAAGCAGUACCAGCCCCACCGCCAGCAGCAGCAUCUUUGGUAUCGGCACUGGGAGUUCCUCCACAAGAAGGCCGCAAGGAGCCCCACAACCCUGCAGGCCUCAGGUACAAAAGAAUUAUUCUCUUGACCGACGCAGACGUCGACGGCGCCCACAUCCGCAGUUUGCUGCUGUCGUUUUUUUUUCGAUUUUAUUUUUUUAUUUUUAAUUCCAAAAAACUUUUUGUUGCACUUCCUCCCCUUUACAAGGCUCGCCACCCCCCGCUGCCGCUGCUGCUGCUGCAGCAGCAGCUGCAGCAGCAGCAGCAGCAGCAGCAGCAGCAAACGCGAAGCGCCAGCAGCAGCAGCAGCAGCAGCAGCAGCAGCAGCAGCAGCAGGCUGGUGACAGAGACGUAUAUAUGGAGCGAUGCAGAGGCGCAGGCUCUUGCUGCUUUGGUGCAGCAGCAGCACCUCAGCAAGAAAGGAAAGCAGCAGCAGCAGCAGCAGCAGCAGCAGCAGCAGCAAGAGCUGGCGGCAGCGGCGGCGGGGGAGCCUGCAGCAGCAGCAGCAGCAGCAGCAAGCAGGGGGCUGCUGCUGCUGCAGCGCUUCAAAGGCCUCGGGGAAAUGCAGCCGCAGCAACUUUGGGAAACAGCCAUGAAUCCAAAAACAAGAAAAGUCAAACAAGUCACUGUCAACGACCUCCAACGGGUAGGCUCAGCUAGCUAG